GGAUCCUUAAAAAGCGGGCGGAACCUUUCCGCCGUCGCGUGUGGUACACUGCCCGGGGGGGAAGGGUUUGGGUGGCGCACCGCCGGGUGUUCACGCUCGUAGCGGUCCGCCUGCUGCCGCUGGGGUCGCCGAGGUGAAGCUGAGGAGGUGGGAGUAGCGGCAGAGACGGGAAGAUAUGGACGUGUUAGCCGAGGAGUUCGGGAACUUGACACCGGAGCAAGUGGCCGCUCCCAUUCCCACGGUGGAGGAAAAAUGGAGGUUGCUUCCAGCAUUUCUAAAGGUGAAAGGCCUUGUGAAGCAACAUAUCGAUUCCUUCAAUUAUUUCAUCAACGUAGAGAUAAAGAAGAUCAUGAAAGCCAAUGAAAAGGUCACCAGUGAUGCUGACCCCAUGUGGUACUUAAAAUAUCUUAACAUCUACGUGGGCCUCCCUGAUGUUGAAGAAAGCUUUAAUGUGACAAGGCCUGUGUCUCCUCACGAGUGCCGUUUGCGAGACAUGACAUACUCAGCUCCCAUUACGGUGGAUAUCGAGUAUACCCGGGGCAGCCAGAGGAUUAUUCGGAAUGCUUUACCCAUUGGCAGAAUGCCCAUUAUGCUUCGGAGCUCGAACUGUGUCCUCACGGGGAAAACUCCGGCCGAGUUUGCCAAACUCAACGAAUGCCCCUUAGAUCCAGGUGGAUACUUCAUCGUCAAAGGAGUGGAGAAGGUCAUUUUAAUUCAAGAGCAGUUAUCAAAAAACAGAAUCAUUGUGGAAGCUGACAGAAAAGGCACUGUUGGGGCCUCCGUCACGAGUUCAACCCAUGAGAAGAAAAGCAGGACCAACAUUGCUGUGAAGCAGGGCCGGUUUUACCUACGACACAACACCUUGUCUGAAGACAUUCCCAUCGUGAUCAUCUUUAAGGCCAUGGGUGUUGAGAGUGACCAAGAAAUCGUGCAGAUGAUUGGCACUGAGGAGCACGUGAUGGCUGCCUUUGGUCCGAGUUUGGAGGAGUGCCAGAAAGCUCAGAUUUUCACACAGAUGCAGGCCCUGAAAUAUAUAGGAAACAAAGUAAGAAGACAAAGGAUGUGGGGAGGGGGACCGAAGAAGACCAAGAUGGAAGAGGCGAGAGAGCUGUUGGCUUCAACCAUUCUCACCCAUGUACCAGUGAAGGAAUUCAAUUUCCGUGCAAAGUGUAUCUACACUGCCGUGAUGGUGCGCAGGGUGAUUUUGGCCCAAGGAGACAAUAAAGUUGAUGACCGAGACUACUAUGGUAACAAGCGUUUGGAAUUGGCAGGGCAGCUUCUCUCUCUUCUCUUUGAAGACUUAUUCAAAAAAUUUAAUUCUGAAAUGAAGAAGAUUGCCGAUCAAGUGAUCCCUAAGCAAAGGGCUGCCCAGUUUGAUGUGGUGAAGCACAUGCGCCAAGAUCAGAUCACCAAUGGCAUGGUCAAUGCCAUCUCCACCGGAAACUGGUCCCUGAAGAGAUUUAAGAUGGAUCGCCAGGGAGUGACCCAGGUGCUCUCUCGCCUGUCCUAUAUAUCUGCUCUGGGCAUGAUGACAAGGAUCUCAUCACAGUUUGAGAAGACCAGGAAAGUGAGUGGUCCUCGCUCACUGCAGCCAUCUCAGUGGGGUAUGCUCUGUCCGUCUGAUACUCCUGAAGGAGAGGCUUGUGGUUUGGUAAAAAACUUGGCUUUGAUGACACACAUUACAACUGACAUGGAAGAUGGCCCCAUUGUUAAACUAGCCAGUAACCUGGGUGUAGAGGAUGUUAACCUCCUCUGUGGAGAAGAGCUCUCUUACCCAAAUGUGUUCCUUGUCUUCCUCAAUGGCAAUAUCUUGGGUGUCAUUCGAGAUCAUAAGAAACUAGUGAACACAUUUCGGCUCAUGCGAAGGGCUGGUUAUAUUAACGAAUUUGUCUCAAUCUCAACAAAUCUCACUGAUAGAUGUGUCUACAUUUCCUCAGAUGGAGGAAGGUUGUGCAGACCGUACAUCAUUGUGAAGAAGCAAAAGCCUGCCGUUACAGACAAGCACAUGGAAGAGCUGGCCCAGGGGUACAGAAAUUUUGAAGAUUUUCUGCAUGAGAGCCUGGUUGAAUAUUUGGAUGUGAAUGAAGAAAAUGAUUGUAACAUUGCAUUGUAUGAACAUACAAUUAACAAGGAUACCACCCACCUGGAGAUUGAGCCCUUCACGCUCCUUGGUGUUUGUGCUGGGCUUAUUCCAUACCCUCACCAUAACCAGUCCCCCAGGAAUACUUACCAGUGUGCCAUGGGGAAACAAGCCAUGGGUACUAUUGGAUAUAAUCAACGGAACAGAAUUGAUACUCUCAUGUACCUGCUGGCCUAUCCACAAAAGCCGAUGGUUAAAACAAAAACCAUUGAACUGAUAGAAUUUGAGAAACUCCCAGCUGGACAGAAUGCCACAGUUGCUGUGAUGAGCUAUAGUGGCUAUGAUAUUGAAGAUGCAUUAGUUCUCAACAAGGCCUCCUUGGACAGAGGCUUUGGACGAUGCCUCGUGUACAAAAAUGCCAAGUGUACAUUGAAACGAUACACCAAUCAAACUUUUGAUAAAGUGAUGGGACCGAUGCUGGAUGCAGCAACAAGGAAGCCAAUCUGGCGGCAUGAAAUUUUAGAUGCUGAUGGCAUUUGUUCUCCAGGUGAGAAAGUUGAAAACAAGCAGGUGCUUGUGAACAAGUCUAUGCCGACAGUCACCCAGAUUCCCCUGGAGGGGAGCAGCGUGCCUCAGCAGCCACAGUAUAAAGAUGUCCCAAUAACCUACAAAGGUGCAACAGAUUCCUACAUCGAAAAAGUCAUGAUAUCCUCAAAUGCGGAGGAUGCUUUUCUCAUCAAAAUGCUAUUAAGACAGACGAGACGUCCAGAAAUUGGAGACAAAUUCAGUAGUCGCCAUGGACAAAAAGGUGUUUGUGGGUUGAUCGUCCCUCAGGAAGACAUGCCGUUCUGUGAUUCUGGAAUCUGCCCUGACAUCAUAAUGAACCCUCAUGGUUUCCCAUCACGUAUGACGGUGGGAAAACUGAUUGAGUUGUUGGCUGGGAAGGCUGGAGUGCUUGACGGCAAGUUUCACUAUGGGACAGCUUUCGGAGGCAGCAAAGUUAAGGAUGUGUGUGAAGAUCUUGUUCGUCAUGGUUAUAACUACUUGGGAAAAGACUAUGUAACAUCUGGCAUCACUGGGGAACCUUUGGAAGCCUAUAUCUAUUUUGGACCUGUGUACUAUCAGAAACUGAAGCAUAUGGUGCUGGAUAAGAUGCAUGCCAGAGCACGGGGACCUCGUGCAGUCCUUACCAGGCAGCCCACAGAAGGCCGGUCCCGCGAUGGUGGUUUGCGUCUUGGAGAAAUGGAACGUGACUGCCUGAUCGGUUAUGGAGCCAGCAUGCUUUUGCUGGAGAGAUUAAUGAUUUCAAGUGAUGCCUUUGAGGUAGAUGUCUGUGGGCAGUGCGGCCUUCUGGGAUAUUCUGGCUGGUGCCAUUACUGCAAAUCGUCGUGUCAUGUGUCUUCCUUGCGGAUCCCUUAUGCCUGCAAACUGCUCUUCCAAGAACUGCAGUCAAUGAACAUCAUCCCCAGGCUAAAACUAUCCAAGUACAAUGAGUGAAGAGGCAAGUAAAAUAUGUCUAGUUUUAAAAACAAGAGGCCCGUCCAUUCACCAGGAGAGGCUUGGAUAAAAAGCAGUGGAGAGGAAGAAUCGGGACCCCUGAGGAAUUUCCUGGGCUGUUUCACCUGCCAAUUUUUUUAAGCUGAUGGAGUUUUUCUGUACAGUAAAGGAUAAGAGAAAUAUUCUCAAACUUGCCCAAACACUUUAGUACGUGAUUUAAAAAAAAAACUGAAGCAACAUAUUAGAUCAAUAAAGAUUCCUUUAUGUUACCAAGA